CUUGGGGUUUCAGGGGCAGGGAGAAUCCCGAACAGGUUGACCGUCCAUCACUGGCAGAUGGACAAUACCAGGAUGAACUCCUUCUUAGAGUACGCAAUUUGUAAUCGUGGGACGAGCGCCUACUCAUCCAAGGGUUACCACCAUUCAGAACAAGGGAUAACAGCUUUCGCUCCUUGUGCAGGUAACGUUGACAAUUGCAAUGGUGAUGGACGAUUCUUAGUAGGAGGAAACGCACACAAUGCAUUCCAGCAUCAGCACCAGUCAGCCAGUUCCUCGCAUCAUUCCAGUUUGGGGAACCCAUACGCCAGUUCAGGCCCCAACAACUACACGACCCAAACUUGCAACCCGGGUUACAAUCACCAUUACUUUUUCAAUCAAGAAACGGAUGGGGCAUACUUUCAAAGCUCGGGGUACACUGCCAAUAUAGCGUCCAAUGUCAAUCCGCUUUCAGACGGUUAUUGUGGUGUCUCAGGGCCGGGUCAGUAUCAGCAUUCCUACGGCCAAGAGCAACAGGGUUUGCCGUAUGGGAUUUGUGCUAAUCUGUCUCCAUCUCAAGAGGUGGAGAAGGAACCUCCCGGCACCUCUGAUUCAUCCUCUUCGGGCCAGACGUUUGACUGGAUGAAAGUGAAAAGAAAUCCUCCUAAAACAGCCAGAAUUGCUGAUUACGGUUUAGGUGGUCAGACGAAUACAAUGCGGACCAAUUUCACCACCAAGCAAUUAACUGAACUGGAGAAAGAAUUCCAUUUUAACAAGUACCUGACCCGCGCCAGGAGAGUGGAGAUAGCUGCCACGCUCGAGCUGAAUGAGACCCAAGUAAAAAUCUGGUUCCAGAACCGCAGGAUGAAACAGAAGAAGCGAGAGAAGGAGGGAUUCGCACCCCACUUCUCCGUUCACUCUGCAAAAGAGACCGGAGACGGUUCAGACAAAUCAUCCACUACCUCUCCAUCCACAUCGCCCAGGUCGUCCACGUCAGAAAACCUCCAGACCUCUUAAUUCGGGCUACAUAUAUAAUGAAACUAACAAAAAGAGAAUAUGACUUUAAAUUCUUUCAUUACUGGUGUUAAUUGCCCUUUCUUUUAUUGUUAACAUUGUUAGAAGCUCAGGGAAAUGACCAAAAAAAAACAUUGCACUUUUCCCAUGUUUACAACGUCAGAAUCCCACAUUUUGAUACCUAUGAUUGCAAUACUGUAACAUCACAUUGACCGGCUGGUUGUAUAUUAUAUAGAUAUAUUUAGCUUGCGAUUUCGACUGCUCGCCUUAAGUCAUUGUUAACUUCAUAGGGAGUCACACAGCCUUGACGUCUAUGCAUAGAUGUAGAUCUCAGUUUAUUUUGUAUUUAAGAAAUGUGAUUUUAAACGGAACUGUUUGUAUAUAUCGGAAAUUGAGAGGAAAAAAAACACACCGUUAUUCUGCAGUUUGAUGCGUUUUAUGAAAUCUGUGGUACUUCUUUGAUUGCACUACGAAUACUGUAACAGGGUCAUCCAUUAAAAAUAUACAUGAUAGGGUUAGAAAGGAAAUGCAGAUUGGAAGAAAUUGAAUGAAAAAUGUAGCAGGUGCGAGUUAAAUGUCAACAUAUAAAUACUAAUCUCAUUAUUUUAAUUUUAUGGUUUUUUCGUUUGUUUAAUUAUUAAGAGAUCAAAGCUGGUUGUUUCUUAGUUCAAAAACUGUUAAACAGUCAAAUGUUUCCCGAAAGAAAUGAUAAUUCGGAAAAUAUUUGAAGUUUCAACUGACUUUAAGCCUCAGAAUCAGGUACCUGUUAAUAUCAAUGUGAGCAAUGUUGGAGUGGAUCUGCCCAAAAAUAUGUCUUAAAAAUGCAUCCACAAAAAAUUUCCUCAGCAAUUACUAGCUGAGAUUACAGUUUCUCUAGAAAAACCGACGAUACGAUUUUGUUUUUAAAAAAGGGGCAUUUUCCAUGUCACUAAGCAAGGCGAUUGGAGUAAUUCUACCUUAGGUGGUUAUGUUAUCAUGUAAUUGUUUCACUGAGUUUUAUCAGUGUAGUUUUCCCAGCCCGUUUAGCAGCUCUUCCAACAUGCUCAAUUUCGUUCAAAUUACAACCCUUGUGCUCAGCUACCUCAU